GAUUAUAUCCGAAUUUUCAACGCAGCACCAAUUAAAUAGAUACAAUCCAGUGCUUUGGACGAGGUUGCUGUGACCUGAGGGCAAUGUAAAUUGUUGAGGAUAUUGUCCUUAAAAGAUGAAUCACUGCAUUUGUUCUCACAUAUUUUACAAUUUGCCUUGCUCGUCGGAAUAUCUCAAAGUCAUGAAGGAUUGUAAACUUGUUUUUUUUCUGUUCGUUUCUUCAAUGAAUUUCAUUUUGCUUUCUGCACAGGGCCCAGUAAUUUGCAUAGACGCAACGUGGUCACUAUAUGAAGAAAGUUGCUACAAAUGUUUGAUACUCUUAAGACCUGGCAUAACGCCGAAGAUCAUUGCAAGACCUUUGGUGGACAUCUUGUCAGCAUCGAGUCAGCAGCAGAAAACACUUUUGUUCAUUCGUUAUUGACGAUUUCGAUAAAACUGUAUUGGAUUGGAUUGUCUACAACUGAUUCAGUUCAGACAACAACAAGUGAUUGGAAAUGGUCUGACGGAACAGUUUUUUCUUACGCGAACUGGGAUAGAUUCGAAGAUGGGGGAUGUGUAGAUAUAAGAAGAGGUAGCGGAAAAAUGAUAAGUUAUGCGUGCACUUAUGAAGAUCCAUUUCUUUGUGAAGUAUCUCACAAAGCUGUAACUUGUCCAGCAUUGUCAUUCAACGACCCCCAAGUAAAUAUAAUUGAUUGUGACAGCAGCAUUGAUGCCAGUGUUACGACGACGUGUAGAUUUGAAUGUAACGUAGGAUAUGGAUUACAAGGAGAUGAGGAGCGAACUUGUCAGAGUGAUGGGAAAUGGUCUGGUACAGAUGGGCAAUGGUGCAAAGUGGUGACUUGCACCGCAUUGUCUUUUGAAGACUUCAAUGGCAAGAUAACUGGCUGUACAACUGACAUUGACCCCGAGUAUUCGGCAGUAUGCAGAUUUGAAUGUGACGUAGGGUACGAAUUACAAGGCGAUGAGGAGCGAACGUGUCAGGAUGACGGGCAAUGGUCUGGUACAGAUGGGCAAUGGUGCAAAGUGGUGACCUGUUCCGCACUGUCUUUUGGAGACUACAAUGGCAAGAUAACUGGUUGUGUAACUGGCAUUGACCUCGAGUUUUCGACAGUAUGCAGAUUUGAAUGUUACAUGGGGUACGAAUUACAAGGCGAGGAGGAGCGAACUUGUCAAGAAAAUGGACACUGGUCAGGAACCGGUGGACAAUCAUGCAAAAUUAUCUCAUGUUCCGAACUUUCAUUUGAAGGAACUAUCGAAUGCGCGCCAGAAAAUAGCUUGGACUUCAGAACAGCUUGCUUCUUCACCUGCCCUGUAGGGGAAUUUGUUGUAUCAGGCAAUCAGUUGAGAAAUUGUCAAGCUGAUGGACAAUGGUCUGGAAUUGCGCCAGUGUGUGGGACCAUAACGUGUCAGCCGCUAACCUUUCCUGAUGGAUCCGUUGUUUGCGAUCCUCCCGACGCAAUUGAUUAUAAUACUAAAUGCAGUUUUAUUUGCCCAAGCGGUUAUGAGCCUGACGUGUCAGGAUUGACAAUGACUUGUGAGUUGGACAAAAAUUGGUCUGGAGUAUGCCAUCGUCGUGUCUACCUGUGGACUGCGGACCGUAUCCAAAUAUUGAAAAUGGAGAUUCCGUUUGUGAUGGAACAACGUACCAAAAAACAUGCUCGGUCACAUGUAAUUUGGGUUACAAAGAGAAGAAUUCUCAAUCACAGUGCAUGGCCGAUGGACAGUGGAGUGAUCCUCCUCUCGAAUGUUCAAGGAUCCUUUGCCCCGAUCUUGAGUUCAGCAAUCAGCCUGGAUCAAUAAAUUGCAAUCCACCUGGUUUCGGUUACCCGAGUACUUGCAGUUUCACGUGUGUUGAUGGCUACAGAUUGAAGGGAAGAGAAACAUUAACAUGUCAAGAAGAUGAAAUGUGGAAUGAUAUUCAACCAACAUGUUUGGG